AUGAAGUUGGGCAAAGUGGAGUUUUGCCAUUUUCUUCAGAUACUAGCUCUUUUCCUGUGUCUUUCUGGGAUGAAUCAAGCAGAGCUCACAAGGUCCAGGUCAAAGCCCUAUUUUCAAGCAGGGAGGACGAGAACCAAACGCAGCUGGGUGUGGAAUCAAUUCUUUGUGCUGGAAGAAUACAUGGGUACAGACCCACUCUAUGUAGGAAAGCUUCACUCUGAUGUUGAUAAAGGAGAUGGUUCCAUCAAAUACAUCUUGUCAGGCGAAGGGGCAAGUUCAAUUUUCAUUAUUGAUGAGAACACGGGGGAUAUUCAUGCUACAAAGAGGCUGGAUCGAGAAGAGCAGGCCUACUACACGCUCCGAGCACAAGCACUAGAUAGGCUGACUAAUAAACCCGUGGAGCCAGAGUCUGAGUUCGUCAUUAAGAUUCAGGACAUCAAUGACAAUGAGCCAAAAUUUCUGGAUGGUCCCUACACUGCUGGAGUUCCUGAGAUGUCUCCUGUGGGUACCUCUGUGGUUCAAGUGACAGCCACUGAUGCAGAUGAUCCUACUUAUGGCAACAGUGCUCGAGUGGUUUACAGUAUAUUGCAAGGACAACCUUACUUCUCUGUGGAGCCCAAAACAGGUGUUAUCAAGACUGCCCUUCCAAAUAUGGACAGAGAAGCCAAGGACCAGUACCUCUUAGUUAUCCAGGCAAAGGACAUGGUUGGGCAGAAUGGGGGAUUGUCAGGGACUACAUCUGUCACUGUCACCCUGACUGACGUUAAUGACAACCCACCCCGCUUUCCACGCAGAUCAUAUCAGUAUAAUGUUCCAGAGUCUUUACCAGUGGCUUCUGUGGUGGCCAGAAUAAAAGCUGCAGAUGCAGAUGUUGGACCUAAUGCUGAAAUGGAGUACAAGAUUGUGGAUGGUGAUGGUUUGGGAGUAUUUAAAAUUUCUGUUGACAAAGACACCCAGGAGGGAAUCAUAACUAUUCAGAAAGAGCUGGAUUUUGAAGCCAAGACAAGCUAUACCUUGAGGAUAGAAGCAGCCAAUAUGCAUGUUGACCCUCGUUUCCUGAGUCUGGGGCCCUUCAGUGAUAUGACAACAGUCAAGAUAAUUGUAGAAGAUGUCGAUGAGCCGCCUGUGUUCACUUCUCGUCUGUACUCCAUGGUGGUGUCUGAAGCAGCAAAGGUUGGCACGAUCAUCGGAACUGUAGCAGCCCAUGAUCCAGAUGCCUCAAAUAGUCCUGUCAGGUAUUCAAUAGAUCGAAACACAGACCUGGAAAGGUAUUUCAAUAUUGAUGCCAACAGUGGAGUCAUUACAACUGCCAAAUCUUUGGACAGGGAAACUAAUGCUGUUCAUAAUAUCACAGUUUUGGCCAUGGAAAGUCAGAAUCCAGCACAGAUUGGGAGAGGCUUUGUAGCCAUCACAAUCCUUGACAUUAAUGAUAAUGCCCCUGAAUUUGCCAUGGAGUAUGAGACAACUGUCUGUGAAAAUGCUCAGCCUGGUCAGGUGAUCCAAAAAAUUAGUGCAAUUGAUAAGGAUGACCCACCAAAUGGCCAUCAGUUCUACUUCAGUUUAACAGCAGAUGCAGCAAAUAACCACAAUUUUACAUUGCAGGACAACAAAGAUAAUACUGCGACAGUAUUAACCAAAAGAAAUGGGUUUCGAAGACAGGAACAGUCUGUUUUCUACUUGCCAAUAUUCAUAGUGGACAGUGGAUCACCUUCACUUAGUAGCACUAAUACUCUCACCAUCAGGGUCUGUGAUUGUGAUGCGGAUGGUAUUGCUCAGACAUGCAAUGCAGAAGCAUAUAUCUUGCCUGCAGGACUUAGCACUGGAGCCCUGAUAGCAAUAUUGGCUUGUGUCUUGACACUGCUAGUCUUUGUUCUAGUUCUUGUCUUGCUGAUUGUCACCAUGAGGCGACGGAAAAAAGAGCCCCUCAUUUUUGAUGAAGAGAGAGAUAUCAGAGAAAACAUUGUCAGGUAUGAUGAUGAGGGUGGUGGAGAAGAAGACACAGAGGCUUUUGACAUGGCUGCUUUGAGGAACCUCAACAUCAUGCGAGACACCAAGACCAGAAGGGACGUGACACCUGAGAUUCAGUUCUUGAGCAGACCAACUUUUAAAAGUAUCCCAGAUAAUGUCAUUUUUAGGGAAUUUAUCUGGGAAAGACUAAAAGAAGCUGACGUGGACCCCUGCGCGCCACCCUACGACUCCCUGCAGACGUACGCAUUUGAGGGGAACGGCUCGGUGGCAGAGUCUCUCAGUUCUUUAGAUUCCAUCAGCUCAAACUCUGACCAGAACUACGAUUACCUCAGUGACUGGGGCCCUCGUUUUAAAAGGCUUGCAGACAUGUAUGGGACCGGACCAGACUGCUUAUACUCCUAGCCUUGGAUCCUUUCUCUGAAAAUGCACUGAAGAAUAUUAAAACAGAAAACUCAGCCUAACAGACUGAGGAAAGUUGUAAAUAUUUCUCCAUUUUUAAAGUUUUAGGUUUUUAUGUUGGUUUGUUUUAUUUUUGUUUUUUUUCCUUGGUGGAACAUAUCUUCAUUAGACUUGUCCUAGGGACUGCACUGACCACACAGAAUAUGAGCAUUUAGUGGCAUUUUUGAUAAAAUGAAAUGCUCA